AUGUCUGACUAUCAUAAAAAGCAACACUUAAAGUUGACCCAAGUUAUACAUAAUUUUUUCACAAAGGCUGUCCAAAUAAUUCAUCAAGCUAGAGUUUCUUCAAAUUCUACAUCUCCGUCACCAUCUUCCUCUGUGCCCGAUUGGGACGAGAAGAAGAUCAACAAAUGGUUCAAUUUAUAUAUAGCAACUUCUCCUGAAGUAUCUAAAGAAGAUCUUCGACUAUGGAAGUCCCAAAGUUUGGAGUUACCGCCUAUGAUCAUCGAAACUUACUUGGAUCUACGCAAAUUAGGUUCAAGACAAACAGUUGUUCUUAAGGAUGAUUGUGGAGGCUCCUGGCCAGUAACUAAAGGUGGAGGUAAAAAGCAAGAGGUUGUCCUUGAGAGAUGGUUGAUUGAAUUUGAUCCAUCGGAGGUUUCUGGCUCUACAGUUGAUGAAUUGCCAUCAAUAUAUAAACAGGCCAUUAUUCUAUUCCGUGGUUUAUAUGCGUACACUAGAUUGAUGCCUGCCUACAAAUUAGGUAAAAGAUUGUCCAGUAACAGUGGAUCUGAUAUGGACAAUCCAUUGGUGCUUGGCAUUAAAGUACUUGAUGGGAAACAACCAAUCUCGUCCAAGGGACGCGUGGGACUUUCCAAACCAAUCAUAGUACAAACAUCAGCUACUCAUAUGAACCAGAAACACUUCCAACCCAUCCAGACCACUUUGGGUACCCUCAAGGUAUCAAUUGCAUACAGAACACAUUGUGACUUCUGUGUCCAAGAUAGUGAAGAAAUUCUCUCCACCCAUUUCAAAAGCAUUGAUGAUGGAAGAAGAGGCGGUGAUGAUGGAACUCACCAUGUAGACAAACGUGUCAGUAUUGUCAGUUCAUCUGUAUCUCCCUGUUCUUCAUACAAAGAAAAAAGAAAUACCCCAACUCCAACCCCAACUACAACCCCAAGCACUCAUUAUAAUAAUAAUACUAAUAACAUCAUCACUACCACUCUUACUACAAACAACACUAGCUCGAGUAUUUCAACCCCUACCAAUGUUACUACACCGUCUAGACCAACCAUUCAGCCAUUCAAAAUAGGUUCCAUCAGUAAUUCACCUCCACCAUCAUUGGAAAGAAGGUUUUCAAUAACCAGCAACAAGUCCACCUCAAAUGCAUCACUCGUGGCUAUGUUAAGAAAUCCAAGAAAUAGUACAUCUCUGUCUACUGGAGUAGGCGGAGGUGUAGGAGGUGGAUCUGCCACCACCUCAUCGAUUCCAAUCACUUCAUCAGGCAGCUGUACCACACCUAUCAGUGGGGCGAUUCCAAGGUCUGUUUCUUCAUCUCAUGCAGAGGACACGCAUUCCCUGCCACAUUCUGGAGAAUCAGGGACAACACCAAGGUUUCUGUCAAGUUUUGGUUCAAGAGCUAGUCGUAGAUAUCUGAGCACCUCGAUGAGGAAUAGUAGUAUACCUCACGACGUUGCAUCGUCAGGACUGGUGUCAUCAUCAGGAGCACCACUUAGUGGGAUUUAUAUUGAUGAUGACAUUAGUGAUUUUGUUAAGAUGAUUGAUAGCAAAUCCGAUUUACGAUUCUCUUCAUAUAAUUCGGAUGCCAAGAACCUGUCAUAUCAAGGUGGUUCCAACAGUCAAAUUGAUGCCUUGAGUCGGUUCCAACAAUUAAAGAAUCAACAUCAACAACUUGGUGAUAGUGUCAAUGCUAGUUUGAUAUUAACUCAGAAUCCGCAAUCGUCUUCGACAUCAAACUCUGGUCCAACAUCAUCACCAGCACCAGGACCUCAAAUUGCUGCAAUUUCCUUGCAACCAACACUUUCUAGUCGUCGGUCAUCUCGAAGUCGUGCAUCUUUGCAUUCCAAGUAUUCACCACCAGCUUCAAUGGGAUCCUAUGAUAAUCAUAUUCCUUCAAUUCAUUCAAGACUUCGCGAAGAAAGUACUAAUAUGAUCAAUAACAGUAUUAGUAAAUCAUCAUCGGAAUCUUGUAAAAACUCAUAUGGAUAUUCUCAAUCCAGUAACCAUUCAUUUGUGAGAUCAACUGUGAAAUUGGUUUCAUCUCCAGUUGCCACAGCUACGCUAACACAUGCUAAGGCACAAGACAGCGUUUCUGGACUUGCAACUACACCUUCAGCAUACACAAAACAACGAGAAAUCCAAUAUGAAAAUGUAUUUGAAGAUGAUGAUGAUGAUGAUGGAGAAGAUUUCUAUUUAACCAAGAAAACUUCAUCGAAGGAUCCAGUGGGUAAGGAAUAUUAUGAUGAUGAUUUACUAUUUGCAAUGAGUGAUAUGAACUUGACCAAGUGA